UGACAUCUCGCGAGGCCCCCAUUCAGUGGGAGCCCACCCUCCGAUGAUGCCGACUGCAGUGUGGAUAAUAGACGCGAGGACAACUCCGGGAGUCUAGGAGGAGCGGCAGCAAGGUCGACAACAGCAUCCCUCACCGAGCGACUGAAAGACCGAGCUGGACGGGACUUUGUACGGUGGCCAGGCGAGACAAAGAUACGAGUCUUUUUUGGAUUUACUCUUGCGGAAGAAGCAGGGGGAGAGUGGCUAAAAGUUUCAUGCCCGUAGCCUCAUGUUCCGAGGCAGCUAACGAGCUACUACCGCUCUCCGAACGUCUCUGAGCGGGCACGGCACCGAGUUCCUCCCGGUAAAUAGGAAGACUGUUGUGCGUUUGUCACGGGGCGACUCCGGGGCUUCCACACUUCCUCCAGUUAGUUUGUGGGCCACAACGUGUUCCUCGGCAACACUGUUUCCACGUUUAUUUGUGUUUUUUGUGCCAUGUCAGCGCCAACCUCCACACCCUCCGCCUCGGCGGAUUGUGAUUUUCUAGCCCCAGAUGCCGGGCCGAAGCCACUCGGUCCGACCCCGAGCCAGAGCCGCUUCCAGGUGGACAUUGUGGCCGAGGCAGCGGGCGCCACUGAAGAUAAGUCCCCGACCUCCGACUCCUCCACCACCGUCCCAUCCAGCGACGCUGCCGCUCCCCCAGAGGCUCAUGGUGCCGGCGGCGGAGAGGAAGCCAAAGGACGGUUCCGCGUGGUGAACUUCGCGGAUCCCAGCGAAGCGGGGAGCGCGGCCUCUCCGGAGGCACAGGGAGAGGGGCUGCAGAACGGGGACACGGUGAUGAGCGAGAGCAGCUUGCAUUCAUCCACGGGGGGCCAGCAUCACUAUCACUACGACACCCAUACCCACACAUAUUACAUGAGGACUUUUGGCCACAACACCAUCGAUGCGGUGCCCAACAUCGAUUUUUACCGGCAGACAUCAGCGCCGCUGGGGGAGAAACUCAUCAGACCCACCCUGUCGGAGCUGCACGACGAGCUGGACAAGGAGCCUUUUGAGGAUGGCUUUGCCAACGGAGAUGAGCUCACCCCCACCGAGGAGGCCGCUGCUAAGGAGGCAGCCGAAAGCAAAGGAGUGGUCAAGUUUGGCUGGGUUAAGGGCGUGCUGGUCCGCUGCAUGCUGAACAUUUGGGGUGUGAUGCUCUUCAUCCGCAUGUCGUGGAUCGUGGGACAGGCUGGAAUUGCUCUGGCCUGUUUAAUCGUUGUCAUGGCCACCGUCGUGACGACCAUCACCGGACUCUCCACAUCAGCCAUCGCCACCAACGGAUUUGUACGCGGAGGUGGAGCAUAUUACUUGAUUUCCAGGAGUCUUGGCCCAGAGUUUGGAGGUUCUAUUGGUCUGAUCUUUGCCUUUGCCAAUGCAGUGGCUGUAGCCAUGUAUGUGGUGGGCUUUGCCGAAACUGUUGCGGAACUUCUUGCCGGUGUAGAUGCCAGUAUGACCGAUGAAUUCAACGAUAUCCGCAUCAUCGGAACCAUCACAGUGAUCCUUCUCCUGGGCAUCUCCUUGGCAGGAAUGGAAUGGGAGGCCAAGGCCCAGAUAUUCCUCCUCGUUGUCCUCAUCACAGCCAUCAUCAACUACUUCAUUGGAUCGUUCAUUCCUUCCGAAUCAAAGAAACCUCUGGGCUACUUCGGCUAUGACGGUUCCAUCAUGUGGGAAAACAUGGGCCCUGACUUUCGGGGCGAGACCUUCUUCUCCGUCUUCGCCAUCUUCUUCCCUGCUGCCACUGGUAUUCUGGCAGGAGCCAACAUUUCAGGAGACCUCUCUGACCCACAGCUGGCUAUCCCCAGAGGAACCAUGCUGGCCAUAUUGAUCACAGGAAUAGUCUACCUGGGUGUCGCUGUCUCGACAGGCUCCUGCAUUGUGAGAGACGCCACGGGGAACCUGAACGACACGGUCAGCUCCCAGUUCAUGAUGAACUGCACCGACGCCGCCUGCAAAUUGGGCUACGAUUUCUCCACGUGCGUAAAGGACGGAAAUAGCGUCUGUCGCCAUGGACUGCAGAACGACUUCCAGGUGAUGAGCAUGGUUUCUGGCUUUGGGCCAAUCAUCACUGCUGGAAUCUUCUCUGCCACCCUGUCGUCAGCGCUGGCCUCUUUGGUCAGCGCGCCCAAAGUUUUUCAGGCUUUGUGUAAGGACAACAUCUACCCCGGCCUGGGCAUGUUCGCCAAAGGCUACGGCAAGAACAACGAGCCCCUCAGAGGAUACAUCCUGACCUUCAUAAUCGCUCUGGCCUUCAUCCUCAUCGCUGAAUUGAACAUAAUUGCUCCCAUCAUCUCAAACUUCUUCUUGGCCUCCUACGCCUUGAUCAACUUUUCUGUGUUCCACGCCUCACUGGCUAACUCACCAGGAUGGCGUCCCAGCUUCAAAUACUACAACAUGUGGGUGUCGCUUAUUGGAGCCAUACUGUGCUGCGUGGUGAUGUUUGUCAUCAACUGGUGGGCCGCUCUCAUGACCAACGUCAUAGUUAUGGGUCUCUUUAUCUACGUCAGCUACAAGAAGCCAGAUGUGAACUGGGGCUCGUCGACCCAGGCUCUGACCUACCACCAGGCCCUGACCCACACUCUGCACCUCAGCGGAGUGGAGGACCACAUCAAGAACUUCAGACCCCAGUGUUUGGUGAUGACUGGGUACCCCAACUCUCGUCCAGCUCUUUUGGAUCUGGUCCACUCCUUCACCAAGAACGUGGGCCUGAUGAUGUGUGGUCAUAUUCGCACGGGCUACAGAAGGCCAAACUUCAAAGAACUGUCCACAGACCAGGCCCGGUACCAGCGCUGGCUACUGAAGAACGAGACCAAGGCCUUCUACACGCCCGUGUUCGCCGAGGACAUGAGGCAGGGUACACAGUACCUGCUCCAGGCGGCGGGCCUGGGUCGCCUCAAGCCGAACACCUUGGUGCUGGGCUUCAAGAACGACUGGAGGGACGGCGACAUGAUGAACGUGGAGACUUACAUCAGUAUGAUCCACGAUUCCUUUGACUACCAGUUUGGUGCUGUCAUUCUGCGACUGAAGGAGGGACUGGACGUGUCCCACAUCCAGGGACAAGAUGAUUUGUUGUCGUCCCAGGAGAAGUCCUCUGGGAUGAAAGAUGUGAUCGUGUCCAUAGAUACCACCAAAGACUCCGACGCAGACUCAUCCAAGCCAUCGUCAAAGGCUACCAGCAUCCAGAACAGCCCAGCUAUGCAGAAAGAUGAUGAGGAGGACGGCAAAGCUACGACUCAGCCCCUGUUGAAAAAAGACAAGAAGAGCCCCAGUGUCCCACUGAACGUGUCUGACCAGAGGCUGCUGGAGGCCAGCCAGCAGUUCCUGAAGAAGCAAGGGAAGGGCACCGUGGACGUGUGGUGGCUGUUUGACGACGGAGGUCUGACCCUGCUCAUCCCCUACCUGCUGACCAACAAGAAGAGGUGGAAGGACUGCAAGAUCCGCGUCUUCAUCGGAGGCAAGAUCAACCGGAUCGAUCACGACCGCCGAGCGAUGGCCACUCUGCUGAGCAAGUUCAGGAUAGACUUCUCGGACAUCAACGUGCUGGGAGACAUUAACACCAAGCCCAAGAAGGAGCACGUGGCGGCCUUCGAGGAGAUGAUCGAGCCGUAUCGGCUGAAGGAAGACGACAUGGAGCAGGAGGUGGCUGAGAGGCUGAAGGACAGCGAGCCCUGGAGGAUCACCGACAACGAGCUGGAGCUGUACCGCGCCAAGACUAAUCGUCAGAUCCGACUCAACGAGCUGCUGAAGGAGCACUCGAGCACCGCCAACCUCAUUGUCAUGAGUCUGCCGCUGGCCAGGAAGGGCGCCGUGUCCAGCGCUCUGUACAUGGCCUGGCUGGAGGUGCUGUCCAAGGAGCUGCCCCCCAUCCUCUUGGUGCGCGGAAACCACCAGAGUGUCCUCACCUUCUACUCUUAAUCAUACAUAGGACAAAGACGAUUUUAAGUCUCACAUCCACUUCUCCACCUCUGGGAGCACGUACACACACACACACACACACACACACACACAGACAUAAGGUGCACCUCAUACACACCAGUAAACACAGCCACAGAUGGAAGCGAUGCUGGUACUGUGAAUUAAAGUGAAGGAAGAGAUAUUGGUUGAGAUGUAAAAGCCCUUCUAGUGGUGUUGGGGGGGUUGUACGGUUGCCCACUCGACUCCUUUCGUUCUAUUUAUUCCAAGAUGUCCGGGUUCUUUCUCUUGUAGCUCUAGUUUCUUCUAAUUCUCUCGGGACAUUUUGUUGUUAUCGACCAAGUUGAUUGCUCUCAGGCUCCGCAGCAGUUGAGCACAAUGUUGUACCUUGAUGUCAUACUCGUCACGUUAAUUGGACCAGUUUUCUUUUUUGUUGUUGUGAUGCAGCAAUAAUCACCCUGUUGUUUUAAACUUUGGGAGAGAACCAUGCAGAAUGCUUUGCAACACCCUAUAAAGCCUUAUGGAUGUGCCUUCCAUUUGAAUCAAAUUAAAUACUAAUUAAUCUAUCCAGAUUGACAAUAUUACCUAUUAUAUUAGUGGAUACUAGUUAGUUGUAUUGGGUUUUAAAUGUGCUUCCUUCUUAGUUGGAGCGUUGUAUUUAUGAGAGUGGAUUGCAUGGAUUUAAUGAAGGGUGCCCACUUGAUUGCAUGAAGACAUUCAGUCAUUUCUUUCACUUUUUACCCCAAUCAAGGUGUUUAUUUUGGACCAUACCAUUUUUAAUUUACCUUUUUUUUUAAAAGCUGUUAAUAUUUACAAUAGCUUAGGCUAGUCGUCACAUGACGCAGUUUGUCUUUUAGGCGCCGUGCAUAGAAUGUUUUUAUGGGUCUUUCAAUUUAAGAUGUGAACGUAGUUUCCCCUCUGGCCUCGGCUGGUAGAGACAGCUGGUUGAACUAAGUUUUUUUUUUUUUUUUUAUAACUUGUUUCUGUGUCAACAUGUUUGAUUCUUCCCCUGAGAAAACCGCUGCUCCACCCAAUAAGCUAAAACUUUGCCUUAACGCUAGAACUCCCGAUGGUCACCAGUUCCACUUAUAAGCCAUACUGGCUGGACGGUUUGUCAUGAGAAGUGUUUCACCACAAAUGUUCCUUUUUGCAUUUUCCUCCUAUAACCCACCUGCAUUAGUCUGUUACACCGCUUUCUCUGCUGGUCUCCCGUUUCCACGACGCCUCCGAUGGGCAGAGAGCGACCCACGAGCUCCCCACUGGAAGACUUGCUGGCAGGAAGAAUGUGACCAUAGAUUGUGUCAUGGCUGAGUGAACGUAUACCUCUAUGCAUAUGACCGUGUGUUACUGCGAAAGUACUUAUAAUAAAAGUCCAUCUCCAUGUAAACGGAUCUACUCUCCUCCGUUCAUGUAAACUCAGAGGCAUUUUGGGGGAAAAGCCAUGUCGUCAAUUUGAAAUAAGUCAAAUGUAUCCCCGUGUUCCAGUGGUCUGAAGACAAUGUUUGGGUUUAAAUGAAAAGUGGUUUGUGCUGAUACAAAAGAAGCUUCAUACUGGUAUGUGUUGUAAAGGUGGGCUCGGAAUUGAAGUGAAAUUUGGAAUUCCCCCUUAAAAUCAGUUUAAAGGAGCACCAGAGCUGUGUGUUGUAUGCAAAUAGGGUCACUGGUUCCACAAAACCAAGACGGUGACUCCCAAAACGCAGAAGUCACAGCUCCAGAACAAACCCAACCAACAGUAGACAUCGAGACCCCCUCUCAUACAUUCUAUGGCAACGACCCAUCGGAGUGAAGACUAGACGCUCAUGUAAAAAGCACAGAAAGGAACAGGGGUUGUGGUUUUGAAGUCUGAUGGUCUGUAGUCAUUAAAGACCAUUUGUUCCCAGUGGUGAUCAGUGUGGAGCUUCCCUUUUGAUUCUGAUGGUACAAAGGGGAUAGAAAAUGAAAUCGUGACUUAAAAUCUAUUGUUCUAGCUUAUACACCUUCAUUAAACUAAUGGAAUUACAGGGUUUUUACUUCUAAUGUGCUUAUUUUAUUGGAGUUGUUUUCCAAUCAGGCACUUUUUUGUUUAGCCUUUAGCGCAUUACUUUGAUGUACUCUAUCUGUACCUCAUGUGGAAGAGGCAUGUGGCCCACAUGCUGAGGUCAGCUGGCUGGACUGUAUGAUGAUGAUGAUGAUGAUGAGCUGUACUUUCGCUUCGUCCUGUAUAUUUCGUGCAGUUGGACGUCCCAUCAGCACUGCUUCACCUGCAGAGUGUAUCAUGCAUGCAUGUGUGUGUGUGUGUGUGGUAGCAGUACAUGAACACUAACUAUACAACCUGCUCACCAGUGUAUUGAAUACCCCCUUGAGUACUUUGCAGGUAUAUGUGCAAAGCGUGUCGUAGCGUGCGUAGCACCCCGCCUGCGGAGAGCCGCUCACAGCAGUCAGGAAUCAAAACCAUCAAAACACGUCUGGCCUUUGGGGGGCGCUAUUACGCACGAUGACCAAGUCCAGGGGUGUGUCUUUAUAUUCAGUUUGUUUCAAUACUGCUGUGAACACUAUUUGUACAUUAAUCUAAUCUGUAUAUGCCUCCAUAAAUAUACAUGUAUUGGGCUGAGCCUGUCUUUAAUAUGUCAUUCAAUGGAGCCAAACGGCCGGUCACCUUUUUCAAUCCAAAUGUUGCCGUUUGUGCGACUUGAUUUAGCUCCUAGAUUUGUGGCCCUGUGUGACGAUGCCGGGUUCUGCUGAACAAACCAAAUGACACCUGAUGACAUCAGCAUGUCAUCGCUUUGGAUCUCCACCCUGUCCCGUGUUUCUUCCCCCUCCUCUCCUCCCCAGCCGUGAUCAUUGAUGUACUCAAACAUAACUAACCUGUAAAUAAACAUCUUGGUCUGAUGGCAUAAAUUAAGAGUGGAAUAAUUAUGUGGAAUUUGAAGAAAUAUAUUUAUUUUAGUUUAGGUUUCCCACAAUUCUCUUUUCUUUUUGCUGUAUUUUUGUUUUUUUUCGUCCAUUUAAUUUGCAUGUUUGUUUUCAUUUAUCAUUUUGUUGCUUUUUUGACUUUAGCUAGUCUUUCUUUUUUCUUUUUGUCAGUACUUUAUCUUUUCUCUGUCUUUUGAAGUAAAGACAUUAAAGCAGACACCCUGUUUUCACAUAACCGUGGAGGGAAUCCACCCAGCCGGUUGAAGCAGUAAUGUUUUGAUACACUGUUAACAUUCUCAGAUAUACUUUUUCUAACAUUUUAACAUUCAUGAUUACCAAUACUUUGUACAUCUUUAUAACAAUAAAUGAAUCAAUUGAAAUCAA